UUAAAUCUCCGCGCAGACCUGUUCUGUUAUUGCUGUCGGGACAGCACCGAGGUUGGGUUCUGCCGCUGGGCGCCCUGGGCGGAAGUCGCAGGGCCCCGGCGUGCGGUGUGCGGAGCUCUCUGCGGUACGCUGUGAGGUCGCGGGGAGCGUGCUGUGCUGCUGAGCGCUGGGAUGGCCUCUCUGCUCAGCUGCUCUUCUGGGAAAAUCUAGACAUUCAGCCAGCUUCCAGUGCCUGAGAAAACUGGCCAAGAGAAGAAACAUACCUGAUGACAUGAAAUUGUCCCAGAAGCCCCAGACACUGAGCCCACAGGAGCAGGACGGGACAUGUGAGAGAUUGGUGACCUUUGAGGAUGUGACGGUGGACUUCAGCCAGGAGGAGUGGCGGUGCCUGGACCCUGCCCAGAGACGCCUGUACCAGGAGGUGAUGCUGGAGAUCUACAGCCACCUCUUGUCAGUGGGAUAUCCUAUUCCCAGCCCUGGCGCCAUCUUCAGGAUAAAGAAAAGAAAGUCACAGAUAGGAGAGGCUAAGUCCCCACAUCAGCACUGUUGGUGUCAAGAAGUGGAAUCAGAAUUUUAUACCCCUCAACAGAAAGUUGCUGAGAAUGCAGCAUUUCAAACUAGUAAGGCAAGUGCAAUCACAAGACACGGUUUGUGGUGCGCUGUUUUAAAGGAAUUGUGGCAAGUUCCUGACCCUACAAAAAGAGACCAGCCAAAUCAGAUCCCACCCCGGAGCCCUGGUGCCCUUCCCAACAAGAAAACACAGAGCACAGACAGAGACUCUGAAUGUAAAGAGCCUGGGCAAAACACUCCGUUGGUGUCCAGCCUUACUUCUACACAGACGGGUGAAGCAGGUGGUGACGAUCAAAGCAACGUCACAAAACAGCUUAAUGGUGUCGCUACAACUGGUCAGCUCUUCACACAAGACUCUGCCGAUGCCCGCUGUGUAACUCCUCACGAAGGGCAGAAAUCAUGCAAAGGUAACCAGGGCAGAAAAGUUCCCAUCCAUAAACAACCACUUCCACAGCAAGAAGUCUGUUCUCAAGAGAAGCCAGAUGAUCGCACUGAGUGUGGAAAGGUCUGCUGUGACAUGCCCACUUUGUGUGAACAGCGGGCAGCUGACACCGGAGGGAGCCCUUUCAUCUGCCGUAAGUGUGGGAAGGCCUUCCUCCGGAAGUCAGAGCUGAGCUCCCAUCAAGAAACUCACACGGAGAAAGCUUAUGAGUGUCCAGACUGUGGGAAAUGCUUCAGUCGCACGUCCAACCUGCAGGUCCAUCAUCGAAUCCACACCGGAGAGAAGCCUUACGAGUGCCGUGAGUGUGGGAAGGCCUUCAACAAUACCUCCCAGCUGAAGGUGCAUUCUCGAACACAUACGGGGGAGAGACCGUACGUGUGCCCUGUGUGUGGGAAAGCCUUCAAGCAGAAGUCAAUCCUCAGCACACACGAGACGAUUCACACGGGGGAGAAGCCUUACCAGUGCACCGUUUGUGGGAAGUUCUUCAGCUGCAUGUCCCGACUGAAAGUGCAUUACCAGAUUCACGUGAAGGAGAAGCCUUACGAGUGCGGUGACUGUGGGAAAGCCUUCAAGCGGAAGUCAAGCCUCACCGUUCACCAGAAAAUCCAUGUUAGACGAGGGCACCAGGUGUGCAGUGAGUGUGGCAAAGAGUUCAGCCAGAGGUCAGAACUCGGCGCACACCAGAGACUUCACCUGGCGAAGGAUUCGCACAAGUGCAGCGACUGUGGGAGGUCGUUCGCGUAUGCCUCCCAGCUGAAGAUGCAUCGUCGCGUCCACACGGGGGAGAAGCCUUACAAGUGCCGGGAGUGUGGGAAAUCAUUCACUUACUCGUUCACACUGAACGUGCACCGCCGGAUUCACAAAGUGGAGAAGCCUCACCAGUGCAGCGUCUGUGGGAAAGCCUUGGCUUCUAAGUACCAGCUCGAAGAGCACGAGCGAAUCCACACGGGAGAGAAACCUUACGUGUGCACUGGGUGCGGGAGAGGGUUUCACGGUCGCUCAGGCUUCCUGAGACACCAGAUAACUCACACCAGGGACAAGCCUUUCGCCUGUCCCAAAUGCGGCAAGGCCUUCUUCCAGCGCUCACAGCUGACGUCUCAUCAGCAAACCCACACGGGGGAGAGGCCUCAUCAGUGCCGGUACUGUGGGAAAUCUUUCAGCCACACAUCCCAGCUGACAGUCCACCACCGGAUUCACACGGGGGAGAGGCCGUACAAGUGCAGCCACUGUGGGAAGGCCUUCAGCAACUCCUCCCAGCUGAAGGAGCACCUCCGGAUUCACACCGGGGAGACACCGUACGCCUGUUCUGAAUGUGGGAAGGCCUUCAGUCGGAGAUCAUCCCUCAAUCUACACACAAAAAUCCAUACUGGGGAAAAACACCAUCUCUGUGGUGAGUGUGGGAAAGCCUUCAGUCAGAAGUCGGUACUUCGAACACACCAGAGAACACACACAGGGGAAAAGCCUUACAAAUGCAGUGAGUGUGGGAAAGCCUUGGCUUCAAAGGGCCAACUCCGAGAUCAUGAGCGAAUCCACACAGGCGAGAAACCCUAUGUGUGCGCUGAGUGUGGCAAGGGUUUCUUCGGCAGGUCAUCUUUGCAUAGACACCAGGUAACUCACACUAAGGAGAGACCUUUUGUCUGUCAAAAAUGUGGGAAAAGCUUCAUCCAGAAGUCAGCACUGACAUCUCAUCAGCAAAUUCAUACAGGCCAGAAACCGUACGUGUGCCCUGAAUGUGGGAAGGGCUUCUACAAUAAAUCGUCUUUGCCUAGACAUCAGAUGACUCACAGUAGGGGGAGGUCUUUCGUCUGCCAAAAGUGUGGGAAGGCGUUCCUUCAGAAGUCUGUGUUGAAAUGCCAUCAGCGGACUCACGCUUGCAAGAAGCUGUAGGAAUGCCACAGGAAAUUGUUCCAUAAUGCACGCCGUUGACUAAGGUCCAUCAUCCUUCUCACAUAGAAGUGCGGAGAAGACUGGAAGCCAUCUGUUAGCUAGAUGAGCAGCCCUGCAUUCAUACUGGGGAAAGGUCCUCGUGUGCUCUGAAUGUCCGAAGGCCUCCAACAGAACGAUCAGAAUAAAUGCCAAGCAAUUUAUGCCAGAGACAGUUCCUUUAGGUUCAGUUCCAAGAAGUGAGUUCAUAGUCGGCAAACAUAUUCCUAGCUGAAGUUUAAUCCUUAAAUUACUUGAAGAGAACUUACUGUACAUUAUAGCUCUGUACUUUAGAGGUCUAGAUGUACACUGCUUGUUUAUAAACAUAUUAUUUGUAGGAGACAUUUCUAGUAAGAUUAUGGAUUUUAUCCUAGGAGGAAACCCUAAAGCAAUGGGCUAAGAAAAGUUACUGUAUAGAAAAUGACAGAAGACACAUUGUUACCAGACUGUAGGAAAGUUUUUGGAAUUUUCUAUCAACAGUAUUACUAUUUAUUGUGGGAUAAUAAUAUUUUUAUAAUGCAAAAAAAGGAAAUGAUAAAGACAGUGACCUCUGUCAAGAGUGUGUUUAAUGUGUA